AACUUCACUCAGUACAAUUUUGACAAGCACCGUGAGCGCGCGUGUACGCGCUUAAAUACUACAUAUUUUUAAAAAUAACGAUUCAAAAUUACGCGAGUGUUAAACAAUAAUGUGAACAAAUUAACAGUUUUUUUUUCACCUCAAAUGAACAGUUCAGUGCGGUUUAUUUGUGAAAUAAGCCAAGGACGCAAUUAACCGUCAAAUUUGCUUAUAAUCAUAAACAAUGGAAGACGUGUACACAAUUAAAGUGAAAACUAAACCUGAUACGAGGAAUUUAUAUCCUUCUGAGAGGAGGUAUUCAGCUUCAACGGUUUCAGGUCUAGCCUGGGUCCACAUAGCACUAUCAGCCACAUCAUUUUUAUUAGCAUGCCUUGCUUUAGUUAGUCCUGUAUCUAAUCCAACAUAUAAAGAAGAAAGCGUGAAUUUAACGCUAAAUAACGUAGAAAACGACAAUUCAACAGAUUUAAUCGACGAUAAGGAAAGUAAUAACUAUAUUUUAGUGCUUGCACCCGGGUUGAUAACAAUUUUUGGAUUGUGUGCAGGCAUAGCUGCGAUUUUAGCCUCCGUACGAUGGUAUAUUGACCGUAAUAUAACAUGGCUGUUUGUCGCAUCAAUAAUAUCAACUCUUAUAUCAUUUUCGUCGUUCGUUAUGAUCGUCACAUGGUUUGUUACGAGUACACACGGGGACAUAACCGAGUUCUACAAAGAUCAAGUGCCGUUUAAAGACUUUGUUGUUAUAAAACACAGCGAUGUUAUUGAAAAGAACAGCUCUCAUAUGAUCGUGGCGUUAAAUUCGACUGAGAACGAGGAAGAUUCUUCACAUCUGUUUACAAAACACGUACUCUCUAUAAAUAUUUUGAUAGCGGCAUUCCUCGAAUUACUUUGGUCGAUACUAAGCAUAAAAAUAUCAUACAAAGGCAUGAGAAAUAAUUACAAAGAUGACAAUAACACAAGAAGAGGCAAUUGUAUAUCCGUUGUGACGACAAUCAAAGGGAACGAUCCGAAAAAUAUGCCCAGAAACCCAAAAAUCAACACAAAACCAGACUUAAUCGAACAUUAUCCGAGUAAGAAGAUAAAACGGAUAUUUUUAGCGCAAAAUGACGACGGUUUUUACUUAAAAAAUGAAAAUAAUAAGAAGCAAAACACAGACACAAGUUCCGAAUUCUAUAAAGAGCGGAUGAUGAAUUUUUUGAAUCGAUGCGCGUCUAUGGAAAUGUCGAAUACAGAAAUGAGGACUCCCAGCGUCCAAUCGGAAGCCAUUUUGAAUCCAAUACCGGAAAUAACUAUAGAAAAGCCGUAUAAUGAAACAGAAGGCGUGAGUUGGGGAGACACGCCUGACCAUACAAUUUACAACCAGAACAAUAUUAAUUUUGAGAAAAUCUUCAAGUUUGCCAAGAGCGUAACACCAGAGACAAGUGAAAAUCAAGAGUGAUUAGUUUUUUUAAAAUUUGCAUUGUUUAGUGAGUGGAUAGCGCGCGAAUCAAUCAACCCUUGACAGAAAUGUGCAUUGUUUAUUUGUGUGUGUAUGGUUCUCAAUAUGGACUAAUUAAGAUAUCUAGAUUAUAAACAAUUUUGGUGGAGAUUAUUUCAAAAAUUAAUUUUUGUUAGACGAGAUGCAACAGACAUAGGUACCUAUAAGUAAUUAUACCUAUUUUAAAUUAAUGAAGUGUUACUAAUCUCAAUGUGUUGAAUAGAAAAUAUACUUCGUAUUUGCCUUGAGAUAUUCUUUUAAAUAUUCAAACCUGGUGCAUCAUAAGGUUUCAUUAAUAUUGCGAAUUUUCGUGGCAAUUAAUGAUUUAUACCUAUUAAGUAUUGAUUAGAUAUAAUCAAUUUACUGUUAAAUUUUAUUUAAGUUACAUUAUACAUAUAACCGAAUAUCGUAGAAGUAAUAGUAGUAUUUCUUUUCGUUAUGAAUCCAUAGACAAAAACGAAAAAAUAACAGAUCCGAAUUAAAUACCUAGGUAGCUUUAAAGCCGGUAGUGGGAGUGUACUAAAAAAGGAAAAACGUUUACUAAAGUUAUAGUGUACACCUUAUAAUAUCAAUCUUUCCUUAUUUUCGAGUGUGUUAAUUGCUAACACUAGUGUCAGUUUUUGUACAAGUCGCCUAAAGGCAUCUGACAUGACUUUUACGACUACCCACCGCGUCUAGUGGCAAGUAAUCGCAUAAUAUCAAUAAAAUCAUGCCAAUGGAGAAUCUAGUUUUAAGUCUCUGACGCGAUAUUCUGCGAAAGGGCGUUUUGCGACUGAGCCCCGUAAUGCGUGGGUCGACUGACCUAAUACAAGCUUUCAUUUAACUUACAAUGUAUGUAUGUAUGUAUGUAUACCCCUAUGACUCGGGUGGAAUCCCGCGACUAAGUUUAAAGCAGAUAUCUUCAACCGAUUGAGCUAAAUUUUUGUACACACUUUUAGUUUGUAUGUCAAUAAUGCGCAUUAUUAUGAUAGUCAUGACCAGAAGAUGCACCCAUGAACGGCUCCGAACAUGGGAACUCCUCAACGGGUUUACCGCAUGGACAUCACUGACAAAAUUAUUGCUUGUGUUAAAAAUGUCAUUUUUGCCAAUAAAUAUAUUUUCUGGUUGGGGACGCAAGCGCCAGCAGCCAGGGGCCAGGGGUAUUAUAGAAAUAAGUACGCCUUGAAAGAAAUUAAUCAAAAUACCUAUACAGAGCGUUUUCACCAAUUUCACUUUAAUUAAUUCGACCUUUUUGCUUAACUUUAUUGUUUGGCCGUGUACCAAUAAAUUGUUUCAGACGUUGCGCAAAAUCGUUACGUUUCAAUCAAGCCAAGAUCAUAUUGUAAACUGGUUUAGUUUUUGCUUUUUACCGGUGUUAGCACGCGACACGGGUUAAGGUUAGUCACAGUUUUAUAUAUAUUUUUGGUACCUAAAUAUUGAGAUUUUAGUAAAGAACUAAAUAUAUCUACUAUGUAUUUUCUUCAUAAUCGUAUUACACAGCUGAGGGUCGUGGUCAUUACGUGGAAUGAAACACACACAACAACUUUCUUGUCAUUAUUAAUGGAGUGGUUUGCCAUUGCCUUCUCCAUUUCACACACAAGUUAAUAAUCAACCAGUGUGCAGGUUUCCUCACGAUGUUUUCCUUCACCGGAAGCAAGUGGUGGUCGAUGAUAACUACUAUACAUGAGUCAGAUUGGUAUACAAACUCAUGUGGCACUAGGAGGAUUCGAACCUGAGACCUUUCGAUCCACAGGCGGGCGUCUUAACCAUUACACCACCAGCGCUUCUAUGUACACUUAUGUAUACUCCUGGGAUAUUUGACGUUUUUAAAGCUUUUAUCUAAUUUGCAAUAUAACUAUGAAGCUUGCAACUUACAACAACACGCGACACAGGUUAGUCACAGUUUUAAAAUGUAUUUUUUGGUAAAAAUGUAGAUUCCGGUAAAGAACUAUAUCUAUAUAUUGUACCUAUAUAGGGAACUCCAGGGAUUUUAAAAGUUUUUGUUAACCGUGCUAUGUAACUAUGUCCCUAUGUCUCGAGUGGAAUCUUGCAAGUCAAACUUGAAGCAGAUAUCUUAAACCAAUUAAGCUGGAAUUUUGUAGUCACGUUUAGUUUGGAAUACAAUGCUUUAUUAUGAUGAACAUAACCUGAUGGUGCAUCCAAGAACGGUUCCAGGCGUGGGAACUCCUCAACGGUUUAACGUACGGACAUCAUUGUUUUGUCACACAUUGAAAAUAACAUCUCACUGACGACAAUAAAAGCUUGGGUCAGAAAUGAUAUUUUUGUAAAAAACUUAUUAUAUAACAAGUGAAGGUCCAAUAUAACGUUACCUAUUCAUGUAAGUGCCUUAUAUACUACAUGUUGCCCGGGGCUUCGCUCCCGUGAGAAUUCUGAGAAAAAAAUAUAGCCCAUAGAGCAAUCUUGGAUAAUGUACCUUCCUAAUGGUGAAAGAAUUUUUGAAAUCCAUUCGGUAGUUUCGGAGAUUACCCGCCUCAAACAUACAAACUCACAAACGCUUACCUCUUUAUAAUAAUAGUAUACAUUAAAUUAGCUAAGUAUCUACUUAAUUUAUUUGUCAAGUUCAUAGACUGGUUAACUUAUAUAAGUGAAAUUAAAUUAUAUCGAUAAUCA